AUGUCGGGAAAGCGUGUUCUGGUCAUUGGCGCGAAUCGCGGGAUUGGGUUGAACCUGAUCAAGGAGUUCGUGAAACGAGGAUGGACAACCUACGGAACAGUCCGGCCCCAGACCAGGGACGAUCCAUCCUGCGACGAGCUGCGCGAGACUGGAACCAAGAUCUUCGAGUUGGACUACACUGAUGACUCGACCAUCGCCCAAGCUGCCGAAAAGUACGGCAACGAGCCACUGGACUGCUUGGUCAACUGUGGAGGAGUGGGACCGCAACCUUUCGCUUGGGAUGCCGACGGUCGCGAGCGGCUUUUGGAGAUGUUCAACAUCAUGGCGGCGGGCCCCUAUCUGGCGACAAAGCAUUUCAUUCCCAAGCUAGAAAAGAGCUCGAAGCCCGUCGUUGCCAAUAUCUCGUCUGAGUUUGGUUGCAUUGCCCCGAACGAGCGCGGCGGAUUCUUAGGUUACCGUAUGGCCAAGGCAGCACUGAACCAGCAGACCAAGACCAUUGCGCAGGCUUUCAAGGACGGCGAUAGUAAAAUCAUCUUCCUCGCACUCGAACCCGGAUACCUUGCCACGAGACUCACGGGAUGGAAGGGCGAAGACGAUAUGGAAGCAAGCGUCAAGGGCAUGGUCGACAUCAUACAACGUGCUGAGCACUCUGAUACGGGUCUGUUCUAUACGUAUGCUGGUGAGAAGCUGCAGUACUGA